CACGUCACAACCACCCGUGUCCAACGUUUCUCAAACUCGGGCUCGCAUCCAUCCUUGACACGAUCAUGUCGACACCCUCCACCCACCUCAUCACACUUGCAUAAUGUCACAGCGACGACUCCCUGCAUUGGAUCACAAGCAUACGCCGGCGGCGCCAUACUCCAACAACCGCGACGCUGCGCACGCCCUCCAAGCAGUUGCGAUCUCUCUCAUCGACUCGGGGCUUAGGAUUCUCCAGUCCGACGUCCUGUCAGACGAACAGCUCCAGCAUGAGAGCCACUUGAUCCCUGGCGGCACGUUGGGCAAGCACUUUCGCCACGUAACGGAAAUGUUCGACGCGUUCCUGCUGCCCCUCUCGACGACAACAACCGCUGGCGGACCACUAGUCAUCGACUAUGACGCAGAACUGCCGCGCUCCCGACACUUGACAGCCAGGUCUGUAUCGCAUGCACGUCAGGCGAUGGAGGGAGUACGUGCCGGUCUUGCAGCUCUCGGAGACGUUGGCGAUCUCGCUACGGUGUUGGGUGGCGAUGUCGAGGUCGUCGCGCUUACACCGAGUCGUCAAGAGCUGAGCAGCUCUCUUGGGCGUGAGCUAUGGUUCUGCUCUCUCCAUGCCAUUCAUCACUACACAAUGAUUCGGACCAUUGCCGUCCAUGAACUAGGACUGUCGCUCUCUCCAGACUUUGGAACCGCACCAGCGACGUUGCUGUACCGAAGCAGGGAGUGCAGAUCACCCUCAGAGCCCGCCGACAAGGUUUGGGCCAAGUUGUAGGGCAAGUCGGGCUCGGUCUCGGGCAUGGCCUCGUGCCAGCCUCCUUAAUCUGGUCUGGUUGGGAAACGUGUUGUAGGCAUCGACCACUCUAUAGAUAUGUUGCAGUUCAACGCAUGUAGCAGCUGA